GACUGAGGUUCACGCCCUGCGCCAGGCGGAGCUUCCGGGAGGGUGGCCGCUCUCCCGGGCCCCAAGCUCGCGAGUCCUCGGAUCCCAGAAACAUAACUCCGGGGGUGCAGACCUGCUUGGAGGCCCGGCCUCUUCCCUGGGAGGCGUUCGCUCCCGCCGGGCCAAGGACUAGGUCGCCGAUCCAAGCGGCUGGGUCAAACGUCUAUUGAAAAAGCAGAGAGAGGAUGCCUCGGCGUGUAAGGGGAGUGACGAGGACCUGAUCCUUGGGCCGUUUGGGAACACUGGCUGCCGUUUGAUCACAGUCAGCCUGGACUCAGAGAAUUUCAAGAGCUUGUUGGUUGGGUCAAGAUAAACCUACGCAUGACGUCGUGCUGAUCCUGGGUUUAUAGUCGUCCUUUUUAACCUGCAAAGAAGCAUUUGAAGACGUUGUCUCAUGGGUACCGCUUGCCAGCCUUUGGAGGAUGUGAAGCCGGCAGAGAAAUAAAGCGCCGCCCCUCUGCGCGUCCCUCCCCGUCUGCUAGAAUGUUUCUCAUGAACGCUCCUCCAGUGGUUGCUCUCCAGUCCAAAUGGGAGGCCUUUGGCCCGCCAGGGAGCUGUAGGUUCCCCGGGUGCUUCUCGGAGGCUGACGAGGGCGUGGAGAGCGCGUCGGUGAGCGCCCGGGUGCAGAUGCUCAUCAGCACGCUGCAGCGUGACGGGGCUGCUCGGGGCACCAGCGAUGAGCGUGCUACGCAGAGGGGUCACAGGGCAGAGGGAUGCCACGACGCCAGGCCGGCCGCCAAGCCCACCGUGCACAAGGAGCCGCCCACGCUGGCUGCCUGUGGUCUCGUUGCUGACUUUGACCCCAUGGGGGAGGAGGAAACUGCAGACUUUGGCCCGUUGGUGCUAGAUUCAGACAGUGACGAUUCCGUGGACCGGGACAUUGAGGAGGCCAUCCAGGAGUACCUGAAGGCAAAGAGUGGAGCCACACAGCCUGGGGCCGGUGGGGCUCAGCCAGGCACAGCCCAGCCUUCCAGGGCCGCAGGCGGAGGCAGUAGAUGUAAGCCGGAACCGGCUCACGGCAGUGCUCCGACUGCCCUGUGUCCACCAAAACUUGUACCUGGAUCAGGUGGUGGCCCCGGCAACCAGGCGGGAUCCAGUGAGGACCAGGGCUCCGCCUCCCCGGUCAGUGUAAGCAGCGAUGAUUCCUUUGAGCAGAGCAUCAGGGCGGAAAUAGAACAGUUUCUGAAUGAAAAGAGACAGCACGAGACCCAGAAAUGCGAUGGGUCCGUGGAGAAGAAACCAGACGCAAAUGAACAUUCGGCCAAGUCACUCUCGAAAUCCCACCAAGAGCCAGCUACAAAGGCGGUGCCUCGGCAGGGCCCGACGGGCGUCCAGAAGGAGUUCGCCUUCCGCAAGCCUCCCCGGUUGGUGAAGACGAACGUGCAGCCCAGAAGCCUCAGGUCCAAGGUCACGACCACGCAGGAGAACGAGGGCAGCACGAAGCCAGCAACCUCCUGCCGCCCUUCAGAAGCAGCACAGAAUAAAAGUGGGACCAAAAGGGGCACCAGCGCGGCAAGGAGGGGAAAGCGAGUCACGAGCCUGGCACAGGCACCCGAGGCGUCUGACUCCAGCAGCGACGACGGCAUCGAGGAGGCCAUCCAGCUGUACCAGCUGCAGAAAACACGUAGGGAGACCGAAGGGGACCCGCCCCAGACGGCCCAGCUCCGAGAGGAGAGAGCACCCGAUCCUUCCACACACAACACAAGCAGCGCCCCAAAAAGUGCCUUGCCCGAGACCCAUAGGAAAACACUCAGCAAGAAGAAGCCAGUGGCCGCCAAGACCACGGACCCUGGUCCGGGGGACGCUGACCAUUCCCCCAAGCUCCUGAAGGAAACCAAAGCUCCACCUCCAGCGAGCCCGGCCUCCAGGAGCGAGUUUGUGGAACGGUCCUCGUGCCGGGCAGACACAUCUGCUGAGCUGAUGUGCGCAGAAGCAAUCCUGGACAUUUCCAAGACCAUCCUGCCGGCCCCUGUGGAGGGCAGUGACCGGUCCCUGUCUGCAAGCCCCGUCUUCUACUCCCCGAACGUGCCUUCCCGCUCUGACGGCGACAGUAGCUCCGUGGACAGUGAUGACAGCAUUGAGCAGGAAAUCCGGACGUUUUUGGCCCUCAAGGCGCAGUCGGGGAGUUUGCUGGCCAGAGGUGAGAGCUGCCCUCAGGCUGCCCAGGUUCCACCUUUGCCGCCUGGCCUCAGCAGCCAGACCAGCGGCCCCAAGGCCCCUCUUUCUAAAACACGAGACCCACUGCUGGGCUGCACAAGGAAGCGUAAAGGCGGUGGCCAUGUGAGGCCAUCCACGCCCAAGAAAACGCGGGAGGUGGUGAAAGACAGUGGCCGGGAUGCCAACCAUAGCCAGGGGAGAGCCUCCGAGCCUGGCCAUGAGGGGCGGGACCUGCCUGUCCAGGGCAAAGCCAGCGAGGCCCCGGGAGGGGAGGGCGCCGCCAGGGGACCCGGCGACACUCGCGUGUCACAGGGCCAGGGUAAGACAGACGAGGUGAGGCGCCUAGAAGAGAAGGAAAGCUCCGAAGACAAAAGCAGCUCCCUGGACAGUGACGAGGACCUGGACACAGCCAUCAAGGACUUGUUAAGGUCCAAGCGAAAGCUCAAGAAGAGGUGCAGGGAGCCCAGGGCUGCGUGCAGGAAGAAGGUCAGGUUCAGCACCGCCCAGACGCACUUCCUGGAGCAGCUGGGCGGGCUCCGGAGAGACUGGAAAGACAGGGGCCCGCCGGUGCUGAAGAGCUGCCUCUCCAAGUCCAAGAGAGGCAGUGGCGAGGGCCCCUGGAAGAAACCCCCCAGUGUCUUUGGCAGCACGGCAGAGAGGACGAAGCAGGAGGGCCCCGGGAGCCAGGACACGGCCCUGGCCUUCCAGGUGAGGAGACCCGCCUCUGCCUCCGCCUCUGCCUCCACGUCCGCCUCCGAAGGGAUUCCAUUCCCCAGGGAGUCCCAGGACCCAGCUCCCAGCCCCAGCUCCCUGUCUGAUGAUAGCAGUUCAGUGGACAGCGACGAUAGCAUCGAACUGGAGAUUAGAAAGUUUUUGGCGGAAAAGGCCAAAGAGUCAGUGAGCAGUUCAGAAGUUCAGGCAGAGGGCCCCACUGCUCUCGGGACAGGGGGCCCAGCCAGGCCAGAGUUGCUGUGCAGAAGGGAGCCGGCCCCACUGCCUGGCGUGUGCACACGGAGCCAGAGGGCCAGGGGGGUCCCACAUCUGGCCGACGGGCUUCGAGACACAGAGAGCGUGGGAGCACAGGGCGCAGCCGGUCUGUUCAGCCAGGGCGGGAAGGGGCUCCCUGCUGCUCCGGCCCGAGGGGAUCCGGUGCCACCCAGGAGCACCAGUGGCAGUGUCUCCGCCAAGGGGCUCUCCGUGAGCAGGAGAAACGUUUACGUUCACAAAGACCAGAGCCCACGAGGGGCCGAGCCUGCUGCCAAAAGUGCUUUUGGUCAGCUGCCCAGCUGUGCCACCGUGGGCACCGAGGCAGGAGGUGCCAGAGGAACCUUUCACAUGGGCUGCGGGAGCCCGAGCUUCCUGACCCCCAGCCCGGGAGCUGAGAGGGACACUGGAGCCCAGGCCGACCGUGCCCUGCCCUGGAGUGACUUCGCCCACCAGAGUCGGCUGCCCAGCCCGUGGGUGCUGCGCUCCGAAGGCACAGAUGCGGCGUGGAGAGGGGGCAUCGGGAGUGAGAGAGACAAGGGGUCUGAGGGACCCGGCCGGGGCCUGCCCAGCCUGCCCCUUGCGGGUUUCUCCCCGCUGCUGUCCACCCAGCUCUUCCACUUCGGAAAGGGUGUCUCCUGGGGGGGCAGGCAGGCCGGCCUCUUCAGCCCCCACCUGGGGCUGCCUCUGCAGGGCCCCUCCUUCUCGGCCUUCAGGGAGGCCCAGGCCGGACCCAGCCCUGUCUUUGGAAGCCCACACUUGCUGGCGAAGAAGGACGGCAGCCCCUGGCCAAGCAGGAAGGCACAGACAGGGCUGAGUUUGCACGACAGGAGGAGCUCGGGCUCGGAGGAAAGCAUUUUAGACCUGAGGUAUCGACGAAGGGUCAUCAACAGAGAUGACCAGGACCAGGACGCCUUGGGCAGUGACGCCAGUGACUUCAGCGACACCUCCGCGGAGGACAGCGGCGGCAGCUCAGUAGUGAAGGUCUAAGCCCUCGAGCUAUGGGUUCGUGUCCCGGGUUCCGUGCAUUCGUGGAAAGCGGCGUAGCCGUAUGUGUAGCCGUGCGUGCGUGUGAUGGUUCUGUGGUUGCAGGGAGGGGAAACGGUCUGUUAUACAUAACCCUGUAUAUAUGUACACCAACAUGAAACUUUUAUUUAACAGACGUGUCCUGGUAAAUAUGAUUUUUGUAGCUUUUUGUAAAUUAUUUAAAGUGAUGUAAAAACUAUUUUUGGAAAAUCCUGUUGUUCGAUUUUGUAGGGUGUUCCUAACUGCAGUCUCUGUGUUAUGCAUACAAGUCUUCGAUUAGAAAACAUUUGGUUCUUAUCGUCGCAGCCAGGUUCACAGAGACUCUGAUGCUUUUUAGUUGGUUACUGGUGAGAAUGCCGGCGGUGACUGCAGUGGUAGCCUGAGGAAGGCCGAGCUGCCCUCCCUGUGAAUCGCUCAGAUGCCCCCGAGAUGUCCGUUGGGAAGCUCCCAGGACAGCACUUUUUAUACAGAGGACACCCCCUCGGCCCCACAGUCCUUGGAGGCCAGAGCACACCUGAAAACUGCAAUUACAGCCGUCCAUUGGAAACACCUUUCGAAGCACAAUGGCCAGCGAGCACGUGACUGCUCCCUGUUGCAUGUCAAAUCCACACAGAGGUCAGCAGCAGCUGCUCUGCAGCCCAGCCCUGGGCCUGGGUGGGUUCAUGUCCAAUCUUGUUCAAUCACUAGAUGAUUCUAACAUCGAAAUAAACCUCUUUUUAUAUGGA